CAGACACAGACAGUCUCUUAUUUAUGGUGACAGCGUUUGGUAUACAUACGUGAUAGAAAAACAAUUACUUUACUUUUAAAAAUGAUAAGCAAUGUGACUUUUUAGUUGAGAAGUAAAUAAGUGUAGAGUUAUGUAAUUUUUAUCGACAAUCCUUAUCUAUUUUUAGCAGUAGAAGAUUGAAACUAAGGAGGAAUUUUUGUAUUUAUAACCUCACUUUUUUCUUUCAUUCCGGGAUUCCGCAAACGAUUUUUCUUGCAUUGUGAAUUUAUUUUUAUAUAAAUUUUUGAAAAAAUCUAUUUUUAUAUAAAAGCCAAAAAUCAAGUGUCUUCUCUUCUGUAUUUUCACAAAAUUCACGUGAAAAUGAGGAAAAUUGUUUUUAUAAUGAAACUAAGAUUUUUAUUGUUGAAUCCACCACACAUAUCGAAAUUCAAGUAUAUCUCUUAGUAAGAAAUCUUCAAUCCUUAUUCUUUUUAUAAUAAAUAGAAAAUUGUUUUUUAUUUCUUCAAGACUGAUUCUCAUAUUUUCAUCUCGUGUACAAAAAUAUAAAAAAUGAUUUCUCAUCUUUCACAUGUCAUGACUCUGGCCAAUGGAGCAAUUGGUGUGAGUGUUUUAGCAAUGCCGUUUUGUUUUAAGCAAUGCGGUAUUAUUUUGGCUAUUUUGUUACUUUUAUUGAGUAGCAUUCUCUCGAGGCUUGCUUGUCAUUUUUUGCUAAAAUCGGCCGUCAUGUCAAGGCGGAGAAAUUUUGAAUUUCUUGCAUUUCAUGCAUUUGGUCGUAUGGGGAAAUUUUUCGUUGAAUUAUUUAUUAUUGGAUUUUUAUUGGGCACGUGUAUUGCAUUUUUUGUUGUUGUCGGCGAUUUGGGACCGGCAAUAAUUGGCAAAGUUAUUGAUAAAAAUCCAGAAAAUAUUAGAACCAGUUUACUUAUUACAACUGGUACGUUUAUUGUUCUUCCACUUGGUCUCCUUAGAAAUAUUGACAGUCUCUCGAGUAUUUCAACUGCGACUAUUGUUUUUUAUUUUUGUCUGGUUUUGAAGGUGAUGGGCGAAUCGACUCAACAUAUUUUUGCUGGCGAUUGGUAUGAAAAUGUAUUUUUUUGGCGACCAGCUGGUAUUCUGCAGUGUCUACCAAUUUUUUCCAUGGCUCUAUUUUGUCAGACGCAAUUAUUUGAAAUUUAUGAGUCUGUGCCGAAUGCUUCUUUGGAGAAAAUGAAUGAAAUUGUGAGAGGUGCUUUAAAUAUUUGUACGAUUGUCUACAUAUCUGUGGGAUUAUUCGGUUAUAUUGCUUGUUGUACACAGCCUUUUACUGGAAACAUUCUGAUGAGUUUUGAACCGAGUCCCUCGUCGGAGGUUAUCAAACUAUUCUUCGUGUUCUCCGUUGCCUUCAGUUUUCCGCUAGUCAUUUUUCCCUGCAGGGCGAGUCUGAAUUCUCUUCUUUUCCGUCGAGCAUAUCUACACGAAUCGACAAGUAGUUAUAUGCCGGAGACAAGAUUCAGAUUUCUCACUUUUGUCAUUGUUUCCAUUUCAUUAAUCAUGGGAAUUCUGAUUCCGAACAUUGAGUUUGUACUCGGAAUAGUGGGCGCAACGAUUGGAGUUAUGAUUUGUCUCAUUUUCCCUGCGACAUUCUUUAUUUCCAUAAGCAGUAAAAAUACGAAUGAGAGACUUCUGGCUCAGAUCAUUGCAUUUGUUGGACUUUUAAUUAUGAUUUUGGGCACUUACGUCAAUUUACAUGCGAAUGGUGAAUCUCUCAAUCCACGAGUCAUAAUCACGACGGACAAAUCUGUUGAUCAGAUUAAUAACAUACCGUUUAAUUUAAUGAAAGAAGAUGUUCCUCUAAUUCCGAAAAUUCCGAGGAAAACGAAUUUUCUGGCAAAUGAGAAAGAUUCGAACGCAAUACCAGAGUGGAAGGUUCCUAAAGAUAUUCCAGCAGACAUUCCUAAAGAAAAAAUAAUUCCAAAAGUUAAAUCUCCAAUAGUCGAGAAAGCGGUGAUAAAAUCUCCCUCGGAAACAAAUAAACUCGAUAAAAUUAUUGACAAUUCUGUCAAAGAACCAAAAGUAAAGUACAAAAUUGCAGAAGAUGUAAAAGAAGAAAAUUUGGUAAUUCCAAAGGAAGAUGAUAAAAAAAUUCCAGAAGUGAAGGACAAGAAUAUUGAAGUACAAAAAGGGGAGAAUUUGAUUCACUCCGACGCGAUUAAAAAAGAAGAAUCGGAAUUGGCAGCUGCUGGAGAAUUGUCAAAUUUGGAUGUCGCCCAGAGGCACGAGGAGUUGAAGAGAACUUUGGAAAAGUACAAAAAAGAGCAGCGGGAAAUGAUGAAGGAGCAGAAGGAAAUUUUGAAGGACAUUAAGGAGCAGCAGUUGGAGUUGCAAAAGCAGAAGAAGGAACAAAUUGCGAAAGUUCCGGAAGAAGAGAAGAAGAGCGAUCAAAUAAAGGAAGUGGAACUAAAAACGAAUAUUGUACUCGACAACAAAAAUAAUACGAUUCAAAAGUCUUCCGACAAGGAGGAAACGAAAGAAGAGAAGAAACCCGAAGAAAUAAAAGCGGACCUAAAAGAACAACCCGAGGCUAAAGAGGAAAUUGCUAAAGAGAAAAAGAAGAUACCUGACCAAAUUGAAGAGAAAAUAUCGACAAAUAAUAUCGACAAAAAAUCACAAAUUCCAGAAGAACCAAAAAAACCAAUUAUCGUCGAAACAGACAAAAAUUCUCCAUUAAAAAUAUCUUCCGAUCACAUUUUAAACGCUUUAACAAAAAAAGUCGUCAACGUAAUAAAAGAAGACAUCGAUAACAAGAAGAAAAAUCACACAAUCACCAAGAAGGAGACAAACGAAAACGAACUCAAUAAAUUACCAGAAUACUCCCUGCCAAUUGCGCUAAAAAUGAAUAAUCAAACAAGAAGUUAUAACGACUCGGAAAAAGUGGCAGAUGACAAGAAAAAAGAAUAUUCAGCGAUCGGUAGAGAUAUUCUAGAAAAUCACGAAAGAGAAAAACGUGAUAUUAACGAAACGAUGAAAAAUGUGCAAAAUCAGACAAAAAUUACUGAGAGUGAAAAAAUUUGCGAGAAGGAGAAAAUUUUGGACCACGAGAAUAUUAAGGAGGACCCUUUAAAAUCAGUUGGUAUUAAAGAUUCUCUUAUUGUGACAAAUAGUUAUUUAUCGGAACAAAGUUUCACCGAUAAAAUUUCUAUUCAAUCGCAUUUAGAUGUAGGUGAGAAAAUUGUUAAAUUAAAUAAGAGAGAUUUAAAAUAUAUCAAGUUAGAUGAACAUGAAAUAUAAAUGUCUAUUAAAAAAAAGAGUGUAAAUUUAUCUACAGACAAAUGUGUACGCUUAACAUGAAUAUGUAAAUAUAAUACGUGUGAUAUUUUGUUCUUUAUAAUAUUCAUAUCACAAAAAAGUUCGAAUUUGAGAAUUUACUGAAAAAAUGGUCGAAAAAAAAGUAUUAUUUUUGCAUUUCAAUAUUUGUAAAAUGAAUGUAUAUGAUAUUAAAAAUGUUAAGACGGUGUAAUAGAAGAAUGUUACUGUUUGUAUUUAAAACGUUUUGAAGAAUAUAUUGUAUAUUUUUUUGACUGUA